UUUGCUCCGAGCUCGGGACCACUCUCCUGGGACUGCGGCUUCUUGACUUCCGCCCAUUCUCCCCUCCGUCUACACAGCAUCAUGGGUGAUUUCUCUGCUGACCAGAUUGAGGACUUCAAGGAGGCCUUUGGUCUCUUUGACAGAGUCGGUGACAGCAAAGUUGCCUACAAUCAGAUUGCUGACAUCAUGCGGGCCCUGGGACAAAACCCCACCAACAAAGAUGUAAAGGAAGUCCUGGGCAACCCCUCUGCUGAAGAUAUGGCCAACAAGAGGAUUGACUUUGACGCCUUCCUGCCCAUGCUGAAGAAGAUGGACACCAUCCAGAAAGGCACCUACGAUGACUACGUUGAGGGUCUGCGUGUCUUCGAUAAGGAAGGCAAUGGCACAGUGAUGGGUGCUGAGCUGCGUAUUGUGUUGUCCACACUGGGUGAGAGGAUGUCUGAGCGUGAGGUUGACGACUUGAUGAAAGGUCAAGAGGACGAGAACGGCACCAUCAACUAUGAAACCUUUGUCAAGAACAUCCUGUCUGUGUAAGAAGCCCCCUCAUCCCCAAGGGAGUGGUGAGAUAGGCAGUGUAUCUACAGACCCCAUGGUGUCAGGACAUCAACUCUGUUUCUAAGACCAACCGAGCAACAAAAAGGACUAUGAGAUGUCAUUUCUAAACCAUUCUUCUUUUCACCCACAUUAAUUUCUCUCUCUCUCUCUCUCUCUCUCUCUCUCUCUCUCUGGAAGGAACCCACCCCCUUAACCCCCCAAAAAAUAAAAUACAGUUGACCCCUGUUUUCCUUUUUGUUCCGCCCGGGGCGGCAGUCCGUGGUGAGGCGGAGACUGGUGGAGCAGGCGGCAGCCACUCACCUAAGUGAGGGUGCGCCCUCUGCUUCCUCACCCGCCCGGGUCACUCCAGCACCAGCCAGCCGUGCUGAAGGCGCGUGGCACAGCUGCGGACAGGCUGCGCAUGGUCCCCCAGCCCAGCCCUCGCAUAUUCAUGCAUUUCGCAAUAAACUCUUUUUCCAAAAGUG